UUCCUACCCAACACUUAUCUAAUAUCGCCAACAAAAAAACAAACUUCCUAAUUGUUCAUAUUUAUAAGUUUUCUCAAUCUUUACUUCAAAACCCGGACCCCAUAUUUGUUUACAGCCUUCAAGACGCCAUUGAUGUAGCAGUUAAUAUGGUUUCUUUAAGCUGAGAAGACAUGGAAAGAGUUUAUAGCUCUUAAAUAUCUGUAAAUAUACUUUUGUGCCUUAAGAAUUUUUUGUUUUAAUGUAUAUUUUAGCUGUUAUUAAGAGCUUUUGCGUACAACUUUUGAUGUUAUGGGGUCUUUGAAGGAUCCAAAAACAUGGAUUCCUCAUAUAAACCCUAAAGAUUGUUCCAAAAAGAUCUGCAACAUAUACUGUACAAAGUGGUGUAAGUACGUCAUCCUCCCUUCACCUCCGCCACCGGCACCACAGGAUGAUUUGGGUGGUACCAAACUCUCACCGGCGGUAAUUGUUAUCAUUUCUCUUAUCGGAACUUUUUUCCUUUUGAUGGGUUACUACGUUGUAAUCUCGCGUUACUGUUUAAGAAACAAUGAUUCAUCUGAGUCAUUAAGCACAUCAACUGAGAAUCAAGAAACCCAUGAUCCAGAAAUGGGAGUAGAUGGUCAUGGUGAAGAUCAUCACGAUCCAUUGAUCUAUGUACCAUGGCUUAUUUUAGGUAAAGGUCUGGAUGAGGCUUUGAUCAAGUCCAUCACGAUAUGCAAGUACAAGAGAGGCGAUGGAUUGGUCUCGUGUACAGAUUGUUCGGUUUGUUUAGGGGAGUUUCAAGAAGAUGAGAGCAUUAAGCUUCUACCAAAAUGUAGCCAUGCAUUUCAUGUGUAUUGUAUUGAUACAUGGCUCAAAACUCACUCGAAUUGUCCAUUGUGUAGAGCAAAAGUAUGUUGUGAUAUUAAAGCUUCGCCCCUGAUUUCCCAGCCACCACCACCUCCUCCUCCACAGCCACCACCUCCACCACCACCAGUGAUGACUAGCGACUUAGGACGAGAUGUUGCUAUUGAGAUUGGAGAAGAGGGUUUUAGGAAGAUUAAAAGAUCUAAAUCUUUGACCUAUUUGUGUCAAACUCGAGGUUCAGUUGCUGAAGUUAUGUUCUUUGAUCAAGCCGAAGAAAUGGCACAACAACAAAUCCAACUGGGGAGCGACCCCGGAUCAUCUAGGAUGAGUUGGAGAGAAACAAGGGUUUAAUAUUUGCUAUGUGUGAGCCAUUUUGAUGUGAAAAGAUCAUGUUGAAGUGGCAAGUUUCAUUUGGUUAAUUACUAGAGAGGGUGGAUAGACAAGGGUUUGUUUUUAAAAGUACCUUCAGUUUUUUUAUGGUGAAUUAGUCAUUAGUUUCAUGUACUUGCAAUUAUUACUGUAUAUAUGUACUCAAAAGGAGAAUGCUUAAAGAUUCCAUGAUGAUCCACAUUGAUACAUGACUUGAACUUAAGGCUAAAUAGAAGAUGAUAAUUAAUGUAA